UGUCCGGAUUUGUCAUGAUGUACGUGCUAACUUGACACCGGUGCGCUCGUCUUGAACGAUGAAAAAAGUAUCCUGAGUCCCACCGGACACUUGAGGAUCGUCUGCGGACGCAGUGUGGAGCAGCAGCCAGGAUGAUCCCAGUGGGUGAAUUCAGAAACUUCGGCAUAGAGCAGAACUCAAAGUACCGGGUGCUGAAACCGUGGUGGGAUGUUUUCUCAGAGUACCUGUGCGUUGCUAUGCUUAUGAUUGGAGUCUUUGGGUGCACCUUGCAGCUCACCCAAGACAAGAUUUCUUGCCUACCAAGCCACUUCACCAGCCCAACGCCUCAAGCAAUUGACUGUAGCCACAUCAGGACCUAUGGGGAGAACGAGACAUUCCAGCACACAUUGGUCUUGCCCGCGAAGCCCAUCAUCCGAGAGGUGUCUGGACGCAAGAACGGCCUCGACAUCCACCAGUAUGUGUUUGUCAACCACUACUGCUAUGAGAAGUUUGUCCACUGGUACGCAAAGUUCUUCCCGUACCUCGUUGUGAUCCACACUCUGAUCUUCAUGGUGGCGAGCAGCUUCUGGUUCAAGUUCCCUGGGACAUCUUCGAAAAUUGACCUCUUUGUUACCAUCCUUGGGAAGUGCUUUGAUUCACCCUGGACCACGAGGGCCCUGAGUGAGGUUUCUGAGGAAAGAGGAGAAGAGAAACUGGUCAGCUGGAGGCAGAACACCAUUGCAAAAGAUCAAGCAGACCGAAAAGCAGAUGAGGAGGAGACUACAGGGCUUCUUCGCUCCUCCUCUGUCAAGUCUAAUCCAGAAAAGAAAAUUCCAGAGCCUCAGUCGGCCCCCUCUGUCUUAGAUAAGAAAGAAGGAGAGCAGGCCAAAGCUCUGUUUGAAAAGGUGAAGAAGUUCAGAACUCAUGUAGAGGAAGCAGACAUCUUGUAUGUCAUGUAUGUGCUACAAACAUCACUGAAAGUCUUCAAGUUCCUUCUGAUUAUUGUCUACACUGCAGUGCUAGUACCGAACAUUGAGAUAGUAGUGCGCUGUUAUGUUCCUCCUGAGCUGACUGGUUUUGAUAUCUAUUGCUGUAAUCACAACAAAGCCCAUCUUUUCUCCAAGCUCGCUUACUGCUAUAUCUGCUUUGUGGGAGUGUUUGGACUUCUGUGUAUCUACACACUUUACUGGCAGUUUCAUAGACCUCUGAAGGAGUACUCCUUCGAGCAAGUCCGAUUGGAGACGGGCAUUAACGAUAUACCAGACGUGAAGAAUGACUUUGCGUUCCUCCUUCACCUUGUGGACCAAUAUGAUUCUCUUUACUCCAGAAGAUUUGCUGUCUUUCUCUCUGAGGUCAGUGAGAGCCGUCUCUACCAGCUCAACCUCAACUACGAGUGGACUGCCAAAAAGCUGCGUGCCCGCCUCGUCAAGAAUGCCAGGAACCGGCUGGAGCUCCCCCUGUUAUCGUUGCAGGGGCUCCCUGACACAGUCUUUGAGAUACCUGAAGUGGAAUCACUCAAACUGGAGCAAAUGAAAAAUGUGACCAUCCCAGCUAGUGUGGCAAAGCUGGACUCUCUUAAGGAGUUAUCACUGAUCUUCUGUCCUGCAAAGCUCCAGCUGCCUGCCUUAAACCAUUUCAAGACACGUUUAAAGGUCUUGUAUUUAGAUUUUGAAAGAUCAGAAGAGGUGCCUAUGUGGAUGUACACCCUACAUAGCCUGGAGGAGUUGCAUCUGAACGGUCCUUUAACCAAUGAGGUGUCCAAGAGUGCCACUCUGGAAUCCCUUCGAGAGCUUAGAGCUCUUAGAGUCCUCGUCCUCCGCUCCAACCUUACUAAGAUCCCACCUAGCCUAGUGGAUGUUGCUUUGCAGCUGCAGCGGUUGUGCAUCUGUAAUGAAGGUGUCAAACUCCAGGCUUUUAGCAGCCUGAAGAAGCUAACCAACAUCGUCUCAUUGGAGUUAGUGGGCUGCGAGUUGGAGCGCAUCCCAAGUGCUGUCUUCAGCCUGAACAACCUGCAGGAGUUGGACCUGAAGGAAAACAAACUCACCACUGUGGAGGAGAUCCUGAGCUUACAGCACUGCAGCCGUUUAGUGACACUGAAACUGUGGAACAACAAAAUCACUUACAUCCCUGAUCAUAUCAGUAAGCUGCACACCCUGGAGACGCUGGACGUUAGCUGGAACAAGCUACGAAAGCUUCCCUCUCGGCUGUUUUAUUGCACAAAACUCAGGCACCUCGAUCUCUCCCACAACCUGCUCACCUCAAUCCCUCCUGAGGUGGGCAUCCUGCAGGGCCUCCAGUUCUUCUCCGCUGCUUUCAACUCUUUAGAAACACUGCCAGAGGAGCUGUUCUCCUGUAAAAGGCUAAAGACCUUGGCUCUGGGAAACAACUGCCUGUCGUUUCUCAGCUCCAGAGUGGCCAGCCUGGCCCAGCUGGUCCGGCUGGAGAUUAAAGGGAACCGUCUGGAGUCUCUACCUGUGGAGAUAGGGGACUGUCCCCUGCUGAAACUCAGUGGACUGAUAGCGGAGGACGAAGUGCUUGAAUUGCUGCCACAAGAUGUACGAAGCAGGUUGAGUAAUGGCUGAGUUUGUGGAGCUGACGGCUGCCAUUGACUCAUCUCUCUCUCAGUGUGGUGUUGUGGUCCAAGGUAAUCUCUACAAACAGAUUCUGCAUAUGUAUACGCCUUCUGUUUGUAGUCCAUUUGUAAUCCAAAUACUACUGACCAAUCAAGCAUGAAUGGCAGAUAAACAGUCCUUUUGGAGAGGCGGAAUGAGUCAGCCAUGUCUGACAACGAGCUUUAUAAUAAGUUUUUUUAAAAAUGUAUCUGCAUUCAUAUGCAGAUAUCUGUUUUUUAGAGAUCAGCUGAAAUGACCGGUGCACAGAAAAGGAAGUCCUGGCUUGGAUAUCCGCUGGCUACACCCGAUUAGCCCGUAAUAUUGGCCCUCACUCCCAGAGGUUUAUUGUCAUCGGACCGAUAGAUGAUGGGUUUUAAAAGUGGGUCUAUGUUGGUCAGACUGUCAUGGAGAGAACAGAGUAUUAACAGAGUAUUAAUCCAUACCACUAAGAGGACUUUCUCAUAUAAAACAGCAGGAAAAGGGAAAACAAAAUCGUAACUGAUCACAAAAGAAUAAGCAAAGACUCGAAAACAUAUUUAUAAAAUCAGUCAUCAUGAAAUGUGUGUUCAAAUCUGUGUGAAUGAGUAAGAAAUCUACUUGCACAUUGAAAAUGUUUUUAUGCAUUUAUCUUAAAAAUACCUUUUUUAAAAUAAAUAUUUUACAAAGUUUUAUAGGUGUCCUGAAAAUACCUUACUUACUUUUUAAUGGAUUUUAAUGUAGCUGGUUUUACUCGUAUAAAUCACACUAAUACAAUAAGAAAUCUUUUAAAUUCAGGUCCAGAUUACUGAUACUGUGGGGGAGACAAGGGCUCAACCCUUAACAAGUAUACAGCAAGCAAGGCUUGACCUUCAGAUCAUUCCGGACCAGCGUUUUUACUGUUUACUGAAUAUUUAGUGGAUUCUUCAAAGCACAAGUCAAGGGAUUUUUUAUCUGUGCUGUAUCCUGUUAGACAGGUUUAUAAUGCAUGAAGUAGUGUUUCCCACAGAGCGGUGGCUCAUGUUGCUCCCUUUCAGACACUGACCAAGCGGAGGGAGACAAAGCCUUUCAGUUGGAGAAUAAAAGGUAUUCAUCUCUCUGUUUACAGUUAAAUAGAGAAAAGACUGAACAUGGGAUUCUGAAUCAGAACUUAAGUAAGCAUGAUAUUCAGCAUGCAUGAGAUGAUGCAGUAAUUAAUUUACAAAAGAAAGAAGAUAAAUGUACUGUCUUUAAAAAGCCCUUGGGAUGAUAUUGGAUAUUAGGUGCCUGUGGUGAUGGGUGACAUUGUACAUACAAAUAUACUAAUAUAUAUACUACUCCUCUCUGUUUUAGUUUUUUACUACCUCUUCAGCACAAUUCAGCUAUUACAGUAAAAUAUUGGGAAUGAUUUCCUGUAAAGCACCUGAAUAGAAAGAUGUAAAAUUACCUAAAAACAUGUUUGUCUGGUUGCUCAGUUUGCAUAUCAUACUCUGGUGCAGAUGAAUUAAAGUGCCUUUUGAAUACACCGAAACACAGAAAUAAAAUGACUCAAAAGUUGCUAAACUGGAGGUCACUGUAGUUGCUCAUCUUUAGUUUUAGGAUGAAGCGUACAGUUGGUGUUGAAAUGCCUUCAACUGGAUUAAUUCUUCUUAUAAAUUCCUCUGUUUAGUCUCUCUCAAACAAACAAGUGCACUCCUUUCUGCAUUCUUUCUGUCCUUCCCCCCUGUGUUCCCUCUGUGUACUGUCAUGCCUCAGUCAGGGUGUCUACUUCUCUGCCUGCUGCACAGUCAUGUCCUGGCUUGCUUGGUUAUAAAAUGGGAUCCUGUCAGUGAGUUUACGGACAUACCUCAAUAAUACAGGAGCACACACUGACCUUCCUACACUGCCACACACCUCCCAAUGCUUUAAGAAAUAACUUUUUCUUUAUAUUUUACAAUUUAGAUAGAUUUGAUCAGAGUAUAGCACUGAAAGUUGUCAAAAAAGACAAAGAAUCUGAACGUUGAAUAGCAAACGUCACAGUGCUUUUUGAAUCAUUUACCUAUUUCUUCUCCUCUCUCAAGGUGGCAGUCAAGUGUGUCACCAGCAAUAACCCAAACAGAUGAGAUUGCAUCACUGUGACUAAGGGUUGGCUGGAAAUAACUAACAACACGUUACGUCUCCAGGAGGGUUGCUUUGUGUUUUCUGUUAGACUUAGUGUGCUGACUGGAGACUGAAAUGCAGCCAGAGGCGUGCAUGUGGAGUGGGCCUUCAGGCAGAGUUGUAGGCUACUAACACAGUAUUUACAUUUGAGUAGGAAAAUCAGACUGGGAAGCUUCUUCCUGCCUUUAGAGUUUCUGUAAAGUCUAAAAUGUCAGGAUGCACUUCCUGCAGGCUGUGAUUCCUUGCAGCUUGACAGAAUAAAUUGAAGCAUGAAUUGUGUAGACAGUUUGCAGCAGUGAUACUCAACUUACGGCUCAUGACCCGCUGACCAUUUUCUAAGUUUUAAUGUAAAUAAGGUGCAAGAGUGCAUCCAAAGGAAUCAAAAUAGAGCUUGUUUAUCAAAAACAGUGCCAGGGGAGGAUCCCUGGGAACUCCCAACAGCCUCAAAUGCUCUUAAAUUCUAGAAACACCCCUGUGUACACCUGACCAGUGUGGGGCUGCUGCGACUGAUAAGCCUCUUGUAAAAGUUGAGUGAAGACUACAAAUAUUGAAAGGUUGAUAACAACCCAUUCAUUUACUGAUAAACAUUAUUAUUAUUUAUUAACGGGCCCUUGGUGUCCUGUCAUUUUGUAAAAGUGGCCCCCGGGCAAAGCAAGUUGAGUAUCCCUGGUUUACAGUUACCACAAGUUUUCAGCAUGACAGUAAAGUGGUUAUUUUACCACUGAGUGAUUAUCUCGGCUGAUACGGUUAUUAUAAACAGCCAUGAAGGAGAACAUCACACACCCAUGCAGACAUUAAAAGUAUUAUUGGUCACUGUAAUUAUUCCUUCUGUCUGUGAAGAGAGGCUGCAGCAAAGAAAAACAUUCAGGGAGGAACAAAAAGAGACGAACUGACUGGGAGGGCUGACGAGACCGAACUCUUGACCUUAUCAUUACCUCUAGUGUCAUGAUAGAGAGAGAGAAGAUGAUGUAACUAAUUAAUCAUUUUCAUGACCUAUUAGAUUUUGUAAGAUUACAACUAUUUGGUCUGCAAAAAACAUCACAAUAAAAAUAAUGAAUGCCUGUUACAGUUUUCUAGAGACUACGAUGAUGAUUUCAAAUGUUAGUCUGACAUAGAAUCCAACAUCCUAUGAGAGGCAUUUUACGAAAUUGCAAUACAAAAAAAAGCUGCAAACGUUUGGCAUUUUUGCUUGAAAAGUAACUUAAGUAGUUAAUAGAAUAUCAUAAUAGUUGCCAAUUAAUUUUCACCUUAUUGAUUUAGCUCUAUAAGGGAGUUUAAUGGGUACUCUUUUGUAAGAGGGGUCUAAAAUCAAAAUAAGAAAGAAGUGUAAACUGUCACGUCUUACAUGCACUCAGUCACAUGGGUGUGAUUAACAGUUCCUUCGUCAUUGUCUGUGUGAAAGGAACUUGACUCAUACCUAACUCUCCCUCAGGGAGGUCAUCAUCAUGUAUCUCCAUACAUCUCUAUGUGCAUUAGGGUGAGGGAGUAGGUUGAUACUGGUUUUUCUUGUCUACUCCUACCACCUGUUGCUGCUUUUUGUCACUGUUACUGUAACCCUCCCAACCUGCGGAAGAAAUGAAUCACAAUAGGGAGUAUUUGCACUUCCAGCAACACACCCAUAUUUGUGUUCAGUGAAGUGAGGGAGCUCUACCUAGUGGCUGGAGGCAGGUUUGUCUCAGGCUGACAUAUUUACAACGGUUUUGUAUGUAUACAUUUAAACAGUAUUUGUAUUUGUGUGUCUUUAUGACACAAGAUAACGGAGUGGUAGCACUAAAGAUGGAGAAGGAAGAUAAGCUGGGAGAAAAGAGGUGGUAAAAUAAAUAACUACUGCUGAAGUACUCCUGAGGGGGCAUUUAAAUCUCGAGCUGCACCAGUGGAGUAUUUCAGUGCCUAUAAGUCAAAUAAUGUGGUUGUACUGUUCAGCUCCAGCAGGUUUCCAUAGGUGGGACUAUGUAAAUCUGAAACAGGCAGUGGAAAUAACUUGAAGCUGCAGACUGCAUGGGUUAAAACAACAUUUGAAGCUUUUAUUCAAGUAAAUACUCCACUACAAGUGAAAGAACUGCAAUCAGAAUUUUACCUGAGUAGAAGUAUGGAAGUUGGAUCAGAAAAAUGUACAUAAAGGUUGAAAGUACUCAAUAAAAAUUGGUCCUGUGAGCAUUAUGUUUUCUGUGUAUGAGUAGCAUUUUAAUGCUGUAUCUGGCUGUAAUGAUUUGAACCACUUUAUUUUUUUCCAGGAUACUUUUAUGUAUAACCACAAAUCAUACCUUAUAAGCUGAUAGUUUAUAGCUUAUAAGCUGUGUGUAAACUCUUAAGCAGUGAACUAUAGUUGGCCAAUAAAUGUAGAUGAGUAAAAAGUACAAUAUUUUCCUGUGAAAUUAAAGUUAAAGUAUUAACUUGCACAAAUUGCAAACAGGCUAAUUGUACGAAAGCACAGUACUUGAGUGACUUUACUUUCCGCCACCAAUUUUUCUUCCAAACAAUUGAGCAAAGUGGUCAGAGUUUAAGUCAUUUAAUUGCUUCAUGUGUCGAUACCGUGAGCAAUGCACAUGAUGCACACCACGUGUAAACACCACGGUUACAUACGUGGUCU